AUUUUGGACAACUAAUAAACUCACGAGGCUAUCCCAGACAGCGUUAACAAGGUGUACGCAGAUUGGAAGUGUACCCACUGUCCCCGGUUUCUAUUAGUACGUUGGAGCCCCACAGGCAGUGGCAGGAAAGUGUGCAGAUACCUAUGGCAAGGUACUGUAUAAUGGAGCAACACACAACAGGCAAGAACGAUUCAGUAAUAACAACGACGAAAGAAACUAUACUCGGCCACCUCUCUCAAAUGACAAUGCUACAUCGCAAGGCUUAUCCUAUCGUUAAACACCACAUACCACCCCCUCAUUGAUUCAUGCACUUCUAAAAUGGCUUACCAAGGCUACGUCCAAAACUGGUGCGACGCAUGCAAGACUACAAACUGCCCACUAAAAUACCUCGCCUUCCACGACAAAGUGCUCUGCUCCGACUGCCGAAAAGGGCACAUCUGCGACCUUGAUCCCCCCUACGAGCACACCUUCUCCAAAACCCGCCUGCACGCCUUGGACCCGAACAGACGACUCAAAUGGAUGGCUCGUUUCGCCCGCCAGCUCUCCGCCGACACCGUGAUGCACAAUCUCGCAACCCCUGACGCGAUCAAUGCAGAGGGCUUUAUCCGCCGCAUCUGCCCCGCCGUUGUCAAACACGCACUUUGGAUUGUCCUCUCGUCGGCUUUCAAAGCUAUCGGACCAGGGUUCGCGGUCGAGGGCCAGACGAGUGCAGAAUGGGUGCUCCGUCCGCGCGGAGGGAGAGCGCUGGUGAGGUUCACGGUGUCGUGAGUGCUUCGUGCCGAGCGGGAGCGUUGGAUCAGGGUGUGUGUGU